AUGCACGACCAUCGGCCACAGCGACCAGGCCGCCAGUUUGCAAGUGUUGAAGAGGCGCAUCGUCCAGACCAAACCAUGGCUUCUUCACGACCAGUUGCGUCGCUAUCCAGGCCCUCAGAUGAGUCAUGGAUCGAUAUCGCAUCAGGGCCCUCGUCGACCUCUUUGUGUUCUGCUACUGACGAGAUCAUCACGACUGGUCUCACGGUACAGCACGACUCAACACUACACAGGCGGCAGAACAGGCGCUCACGAGGCGGUGGCCAGUUCUCCAUAGGAACCGGACACAGAGUUACAGCCGCAGGGGGAAACAGCAGCCAGGAGGAGUAUGAAGAGAGCGAGAGCGAGUCGGACCGCGUCAUGACGUCUUCAAAUGAGGCCCUUGGUCUAUCCCCACUGAGACAUGACCCUUCGUCCCGAAGCCCACUGUCGGUGGCAUCUUCAGAAACCCUGUCGGACAGAGAAGACGAUGACGAGAACGCAACUGCCGUCAACUAUCCACGUUCUACACGACGCGAGUUUCAGCCGCGACCAAACGCCUUCUCACGUCCGAACGCACAACAAGCCAUCCGAUCACACUCUGGCACACUGUACACACCUCGUAGAGCUGUGAGGCCAACUGGGCAGCGGCAACAGUCUUAUCCUCAGCACACUCCCUUCAACGCCGUAGCUCCCAACUAUCAACCCGACCACGACGAAGCUCUGCGCGCCAGCCUAUCGACUUUGUUGUCCGCAGCAGCAGCAGUGCGAGGGCUACCCAAGCCAGGACAGCCACGUACAGCCCCGCCAUCGUCCACUCGAGUCGAUCCGACGUCGCUCCGGAUGGUACCUGAGUCUGUCGCUUUGGGCAACAUAUCCGAGGAGUCUACCUCCUCCCCACGCAGUACCAGCAGCAGCCCCUCCGAGAAGCCCAAGCGAAAAGCAAACCCGCCCAUGGCAGCCGCACGAAGUGGCAGCAAGGACCGCCGCGCAAUCAGAAAGGUGCGCAAGUCCGGCCCGCUUAUCGAGGAGAUUAGCCCAACACUGCUCACUUGGGUUGUCAGUGCUGGCGUUGUAGUCCUCGUGAGUGCUAUUGGCUUCUCGGCAGGCUAUGUUGCUGGCAAAGAAGCAGGCCACGCAGAGGCUAUUGGCCAGGUUGGUGCUGCAGGAGUAGACGCUGGACGUUGUGGCAAGGAGGCUGUAUCUGGCAUGAAGGGCACCGGUUUGGGUUUGAGGAAGCUGAGAUGGGGCUCUGGCACAGGCAUUCGCGUCUAA